GUUGAAUGAACUUGUUGGUCUGUCUGCAGGUUUCUCUCUGCAACCCACACAGCUCUUGGUCCCGUUCCUCUGCACUGCGAGGGAGAGAGGGAGCAAAGGGACGGCUUGAAGAGAUAGUUCCGUUGUGCUGUGUGUGCGUGUGUGGAGGAGUGUUCAGUAGGAUUAGAUCUUUUUGUUUUCUUUCUCUCUCUCCUUUUCUCUCCCUCUCUCCCUUGAACUCUUCCAGCCAGGCUUUAAAAGAAGAAGUUUCCCACGGCGACAGUCCCAUAGCCAUAGCCGACAUGUCCGGCGCGGCCACCAACAUGCGGGUAAAGCUGCCGGCGAUCUGCCUGGUCCUGCAGAUCAUCCUCAUCAUCCUCUUCGGCGUGCUGGUGCAGUACAACCACGACACGGACGCUAAGCUGUGGCACAAGGGCAACCAGUCCGACUACGAGAACGACUUCUACUAUCGCUACCCAAGUUUCCAGGAUGUGCACGUGAUGAUCUUCGUGGGCUUCGGCUUCCUGAUGACCUUCCUGCAGCGCUAUGGCUUCAGCAGCGUGGGCUUCAACUUCCUCAUCGCCGCCUUCUCUCUGCAAUGGGCCACGCUCAUGCAGGGCUUCUUCCACGGCUUUCACGGCGGCAAGAUCCACAUCGGAGUGGAGAGUAUGAUCAAUGCAGACUUCUGCACGGGUGCGGUGCUGAUCUCCUUCGGGGCGGUCUUGGGGAAGACCAGCCCGGUCCAGCUGCUUGUCAUGGCCAUGUUUGAGGUCACCCUGUUCUCCAUCAACGAGUAUAUCCUACUCAGCCUGCUGGGGGCCCGAGACGCCGGUGGCUCCAUGACCAUCCACACGUUCGGGGCGUACUUCGGUCUGGUGGUGACCCGGGUGCUGUACCGACCCAACCUCGACAAGAGCCAGAAAAGGAACUCCUCCGUCUACCACUCUGACCUGUUCGCCAUGAUCGGCACCCUCUUCCUGUGGAUGUUCUGGCCCAGCUUCAACUCUGCGGUGACGGCCCACGGGGACGACCAGCACCGCACCGCCAUGAACACCUACUACUCCCUGGCCUCGUGCACGCUGGCCACUUUCGGCAUGUCGGCCCUCACCGCGCACGACGGCAAGCUCGACAUGGUCCACAUCCAAAACGCUGCCUUGGCUGGUGGCGUUGCCAUAGGAACCGCGGGUGAGAUGAUGCUGACACCGUUCGGCUCCAUGAUUGUGGGUUUCCUGGCGGGAAUCAUUUCCGUGCUCGGGUUCAAGUACCUGUCGCCAUUCCUGGAGAGUAAGCUGAAGAUUCAGGACACGUGUGGCGUUCAUAACCUCCACGGCAUGCCCGGGAUUCUGGGCGCCAUCGUCGGCGCUGUCACCGCUGCCGCCGCGACCACCGAGAUCUAUGGCGGCGGCAUGAAGGACGUUUUCCCCGAUGUGGCCAGUCAGGCGAGAGAUAGCUUCAAACAGGGUGGCCUCCAGGCCAUUUCCCUAGUGGUCACCCUGGGCAUGGCCCUAGGUGGGGGACUCAUCGUCGGGUUCAUUCUGAAGCUGCCCAUCUACGGCUCUCCUUCAGACACCAUCUGCUACGAAGACAGCAUCUACUGGGAGGUUCCUGGGGAGGAAGAGACACAUGAUGACCAGCUGACCACCGUGAGGGCCGAAGAAGUUGAGAAGCUCAAUAGUUAAACACACACACACACACACACACACACACACACACACACACACACACACACACACACACACACACACACACACACACACACACACACACACACACACACACACACACACACACACCCUCACACUCACACUCACACUCACACUAACACACACACACACACACUGUAAGAGAUCUUAAUAUAUCCAAGCAACAUUCCUUGUAGAUUGUAUAAUGGGAUGUUGGUCAGGUUAUCUUUGAACGCACAAUACGUAGGCAUUUGUCCAUAUGUUGACAAUCUUCAAAUCACAAUACAGAAGUUGUAUCUAGAUACAAACUUGUUUAGCUAUGCAUGUUUUUCUUAUGUGUGCCUACUUGUAGAUACAGUUAAUGACGUGUUGGUGUGUUUCAUAUCGAGCAAUAACGAAUCUCUAGUAGGUUGUAAAGUGCAUCAUGGGUUUUGCGAACCUAUUUGUGCAGUGACAUUCAAGUGCCUUCUAUCUACCACUAGAGGUCGCCCUGCAGCUAUUUUACAUGGUGCGUCUGUUAAUAUGUGGUGAAGAGGAUGAUUUGCAGAGUCCCAUUUGGAAAUGUGAUGAUUAACUUGCUGACGAUUUCGAUAGUUGGCCGUAUUCCCUCAGCAUCACUCUUAUUUUAACUACAUUCCAUGAAACGGAUCUUGGCGUAUUACUGGCAAGACUCAAGCCAAGUCAAAUUGGAUAGAGAAUAAAUGUUACCAAAGACGAAAAAGAGAUUACACAGUGGCCAGCAACUUCCCUUCAUUAGGUACGACCCUUUUCAUCAUUAAUUUUUAUAACGGAUACAAAAGUAUAUCCAAUUAAACACCUCAGGUGUAGUAAACAAAAAAAAUCAAAUUUGUAUGUUUCAUUGUAUUUUCUAAGCUAUUAGGCCUAGGUUUUAUUGUUGUCCUCUAUGUAAUGUUCAUACUAUGGCCUGAAAAAAAAAAGACAAUUACAACCAUUGCUUACGUUUCUACAUGAUGUCAGACAUCAUCAAAUGUGAUUACUGUGAGUGUUUUGUAAUAAUCUAUUUUCGGUAGGCCUAUCUGUGGGGAGUCACAUAUUUUUUAAAGUUUGGGAAAAUGGAAAAAUAAAUGUUUAUAAACCAA